AUGGCGUUUCUUUGGAGUUGUCUGUGUGUGCUGGUAAUACAACAUAUUGUGGUAGGAGUCAGGUAUGAUCCAACAUGGGAAUCUAUUGACUCCAGACCUUUACCACAGUGGUAUGACGAAGCUAAAUUUGGUAUAUUUAUUAACUGGGGAAUAUAUUCAGUACCAAGUAUAACUAAUGAAUGGUUUUGGUACAGAUGGAAACAUGACAAAAAUCCAGAAAUAGUUAACUUUAUGAAAAAUAACUACAGACCAGACUUUACCUAUCCCGAUUUCGCAUCUCAGUUUACAGCUGAGUUUUAUAACCCCGCUCAGUGGGCUGAUAUAUUCCAAGCUUCCGGAGCAGAGUAA